UUCCGUGAUGCAUAUCAGUAGGACAGGAAGUGCUUCCUUACGAUCUUGGGCUUGUUCAAGUUACGUGCCGCAGAGGAGACAGCAUGGCGAGUAAAGAGCCUGGAGGCUUUCUGCAGCAACUGAGGCAAAUAGCAGGCAGGCUGUCCUCUGGUCCUAGAGGUUCUGGCCUGGGUGCUAAGCUGCUUAUUGGGGCUGGUGCCUUGGCGUAUGGAGUCAAAGAAGCAACAUACACUGUGGAGGGUGGGCAGAGGGCCAUCAUUUUCAGCAGAAUUGGAGGCAUACAGAUGGAUACAGUGCUUACAGAGGGGCUGCAUUUCAGGAUACCGUGGUUCCAGUACCCCAUCAUCUAUGACAUCCGAGCCAGACCGAGGAAGAUUUCAUCACUCACAGGAAGCAAAGACCUGCAGAUGGUGAACAUAGGACUGCGAGUGCUCUCUCGGCCCUUUGCCACCAACCUGCCGCUGCUCUACCAGCAACUGGGGACAGACUACGAUGAGCGUGUGCUGCCCUCCAUCGUUAACGAGGUGCUGAAGAGCGUGGUGGCCAAGUUCAAUGCCUCGCAGCUCAUCACUCAGCGAGCACAGGUAUCCCUGCUCAUUCGGAGGGAGCUGAUUGAGAGAGCUAAAGACUUCAACAUUAUUCUGGAUGAUGUGGCCAUUACAGAGCUCAGCUUUAGCAAGGAGUACACUGCUGCUGUAGAGGCCAAGCAAGUCGCACAGCAGGAGGCCCAACGGGCACAGUUUUAUGUGGAGAAAGCAAAGCAGGACCAGAAACAGAAGAUCAUCCAGGCAGAGGGAGAGGCCCAGGCUGCUAAAAUGCUGGGCGAGGCCGUGUCGAAGAAUCCUGGCUACCUUAAACUGAGGCGCAUCAGGGCUGCACAAACCAUUGCCAAGACGGUGGCAGCCUCCCAGAAUAAAGUGUACCUGAAUGCAGACAACCUGGUGUUGAAUCUGCAGGAUUGCACCUUCGACAAUUUGUUGCUGAAGAAGUGAGAGGCCAUCCCUGAGGAGAGUGUGCAUUCCAUUUUAUACCGUCAAUAAUGUCUUGUGUGUUUACCUCCCUAAGUGGUGCCUGUCUCUCAGUGCAGUGUAUCUGGGCAUAGCCCAGACCAGACCAGGGGCUGGGUGGCCUUAAAAACCACACAUUUCCACAGAGACUUGUUAUACACAGUAGCCUUUUGUAAAAGUGAGUGAUCAAUGCAGCAGUUUGUCAAUCAGAUCAAGGGCAUGUGAUAUCUAUGAACAUUUAAAUAAGCUUGGCAUAAUCAACCAUGGCUUAUUAUUAGCCUCAGGCAAAUCAGUAUAGCAUUGGUAUUAACAAAUGGAGGCAUUUAGACAAGCAGUCAUUAUAACUGUCCUAAUGUUUAUGAAAUGGUAAUAUGAAUACAUUAUAAACCUAUAAGUUUAAAUUCAAAAUUCUUACAUGGGCUGAUAGCUAUUGUAAACAACUAUCUUGUAUUUCCAGUAUUUCAGGGAUCAACUGGUUCCUCUUUCAGAUGUGUAUGCUGACAGUAGAGGCUUGGGCACUUGAAGGAGGGUUCAUUAAAUUGUUUCAUUAACUUAAGUGACUGAGUCUGUUGUGCAUGAGAGAGAGUGUAUGUCUGCACUGCAUAUUUUAGUGUUUUCUUGCUAUCAGCACACCUGACAUGAUGUAUAAUUUACAAUUUUGUAAUGAGUUUUAAAUGGGUGUUAGUCCAUUGGUAUAACAGGACCAGGAAUGGAAAACUAUUCUUUCGGUGUACUGCUUUUUAAAUUAUGUUUCUCACUAAUAAACCGCGUUAUUUACUGUAA